UGCAGUAGAAGCCUGGCAAUGGCCUUCUGCAGGUCCUUUUAUCUUCUCUGUUUUGUGAUAGUGACUGUGUCUUCUGGACCUAUCAACAUUAAAAAACGGGAUACUCAGAGCAGCAGUGAGAUUGUUAAUUCUCUCAACUAUGCAUUGGAAUCCUUUAAUUUUAUGAACAAGGAAGACUAUCUUUUCAAGGUUCUCUCGUAUGAGUCACAGAUGAUAGAGAUUAUGAAUGGCAUAGAAUAUAUUUUUAAUGCUGAAGUAGGAAGAACCCAGUGCAAGAAGACUGAUAAUAUAGACAUUGCAGACUGUACUUUAAUCGAGCUACCAGGACAAAUGCAGGUCAUGUCUUGUCAUUUUGUAGUCCUAAACUGGCAGAGCAGAAGCAUCCUUCUUCAGUCCGUCUGCAAAAACAAGGGCACAUGAUGAAAAGAAAAGAGUGUGUUUUUAACUAUAACUAAGUGCAAGAAAAGAAAAUAGUACUGUACAUUAUAAUAUAUUAGGAAAAUGAAGACAUAUAAAAUGAUUUUUAAAUAAAGGGACUCUUUAAAAUGUU